GGAUGGACUCCACAUCAGCUGCUGAUAACAUAAGGGAAGAUGCUGUGAGCAAGGUUUUGGGAAAAGACAAACCUGGACGAGUAAGGGGCUUUGGUAGAGGGAUUACAGCUAAUAAGCUAGCAUAUCUGCAAUUUAGAGACGCUAAGAUUGCAGAAAUGAAAAGUGAGAUUGAAGAGUUAAAGGGGAUGGUGCGAGAAUUAGCUGAGAAGAAGAAAAGUAAUGUUGAUGCUGAAACAUCUGAGAGUAGUGGUGGAUUCAAAGAAGGAGUCAGAGUACAAAUACUGGAUUGGAUUGAAUCAGAGGAUGUUGUUGUUGGUGAAGGAGAAUUCUGCUCUGCUGAACCGAAGUACAAAAUUGGUCGUAUACCAAUUGGUCCUAAUGCAGUGGCUAUCGUAGUUAAGUAUGCACUAAGCGCAUCAGCUUCACUCUGGAGGCCUACUACGGAUGUGUUAACUCUUGAUGAAGCUGUGGGAUACAAGAUAUCUUGGCCAAUGGAUAAAGUGAUUUUGGAUAAGGAUCCAAACUGUUCUGAAGAUUUAUCUAUGCAAAGCAAGGAAGGUGAAUAUCGAAGAUGCAAGAUAUAUGAUUGGACCAAUGAUGAGGACGAGGUCAUUGCUGAAGGUCUCGUGUGCUCUUCAAAAUCCAAAGACAUGGUUAACAACAUACCUCUGGGUCCCAAUGCUGUUAGUGUCGAAGUAGUGAAGGUGUUCAAUGAUCAAGCAUAUUUGUGGAGGCCAACCGCUGAUAUGUUCUUGAUUGGUGAUGCACUUAGCGAGAAAAUAGCAUGGCCAGUCCUAAAGGUUGAAGUCAUGCCUACACCUGCUACAGAAGUAACACCAACUAAAUGUGCAGGGAAGAAAAUAGCAUCACCUUCGAAGCCAGCCAAGAAAAAAGCAGUGAGUCCAGGCAGCACUAGUUCGACCAGAAGUCCGAAGCAGAAGUGCACUCUCUUGGAUUGCAACAACUCUGGACGUAAGGUAGCUGAAGGAAGGGUAGCUUCAACGGAUCCGAAUGAGUUGUGCCACUUUGUACCCCUAGGUCCAAAUGCAAGCAAGGUGUGGAUUGAUGUGGCUAAGAUCGGUGAUGCAAAAGUCUGGAGGCCAAAUUCAGAGAUUGAAUACAUAUCUGAUGCAAUGGGUUCGGUUGUGGCAUGGCCAAAUGACAAAAUCAAGUUUGUCUAAAAUUGUCGUCUGAAACAUUUUUCAAGUUGGUUCUCAUCGGCUAUGUAUUUCUAGUGUGUGAUCGAAUGUUUAGGUACUUUUUUACUCGGUUGAAAUCAUGUAUGAUAUUAUGUAACAGUUAGCAGACAAAAAAACAAAAAUUAUGUGUUAUAUUAUGAUAUAAGGUUAUGUGUGAAAAUGUUU